CCGCGUUUUAGGGUCUAUGCUAUGUGCCUAACGCCGGACGGAAAUAAGAUCCCGUCACCGAGCUGGCCUUAAACAUUUUAGUCGUAAUGAAAAGGUUUAAUCUGUUUGGCUUUAUAUAACCGAAGUUAUCUAUAUAAAGGGGCUUCGCGUUGCUGUUGACGGCCGUAAACAGUUCAUUCACUCACCUUCCCCGAUCAGCUGCAAAGAAAAACAACUAAAAAAGAAUACAAAAAAGAAAGCAAGCAGAAAUGGAGUUCGAAAACCUCAAAUCGCGCUGGCCCCUGGCGUACGACCUUUGUGGGUCCGCCCUGCCGUGCCGCAUCGAGGGCGAAGUCCAGGACUUGGUCGUGUACGGCGAGAUCCCCAAGGAGAUCGACGGCACCUUUUACCGCGUUAUGACGGACCCGCUCGUGCCGCCGCACCCGCAGAACGUGCCCAUUGACGGCGACGGCACCGUUUCGGCCUUCCGCUUCCGCGACGGCCGCGUCGACUUUAAAAUGCGCUACGUCGAGACGGAGCGCUACCUGCUCGAGCGCGCCGCCAACAGGCACCUUUUCGGCCUGUACCGCAAUCCUUACACCUACCACCCUUGCGUCCGCGCCGCCGUCGACUCAACAGCCAACACCAACGUCGUCCUCUGGGCGGGCCGCCUGCUCGCGCUCAAGGAGGGAGGGCUGCCGUAUGAGGUCGACCCCGACACGCUUGAUACGCUCCGGUAUAACCCCUUCGGCCAGGUCCGCGCAAAAACCUUCACGGCCCACCCCAAAGUAGACCCCUAUACCAACGAGCUGGUCGUGUUCGGGUAUGAGGCUACGGGCCUGGCGUCGGACGACAUCGUCAUUUAUACGCUCGAUAACGACGGUGUUAAGCGCGACGAGCAGUGGAUCAAGUCGCCCUGGGUCGCGCUGAUCCACGACUGCGCCAUCACGCCCAACUGGCUCGUCCUUGUCCUCUGGCCCUUCGAGGCCAACAUCGAACGCAUGAAGAAGGGCGGCCACCACUGGGCUUACGACUACUCCAAGGGCGCCACCUUCAUCGUCGUCCCGCGUCGCGCCUCGACGCCCCGCCCGCCCGGCUGGGCUCCCGACGAGAAGAGCCGCGUGUACCACUGGGACAACGCGAUGCUGGGCCACACCGGCGGCGGGUGGGAGAGCCCCGACGGCGGGACCAUCUACGUCCAGACGACGCGCGCCUCCGAUAACGUGUUCCCCUGGUUCCCCGCCGAGGACGGCCGCGUGCCCGCGCCCGACACGAAGCUCGACUUUGCGCGCUGGUCCAUCGACCUUACAAGACCCACGGGCACCCGGCUCCCGGACCCAGAGGUCCUCGUCGACCGUGCAUGCGAGUUCCCGCGCGUCGACGAGCGCCUCCACACGCGCGCCAACGACGUCCUCUUUCUCAACGUGUCCGUACCCAAGGAUGGCCCCACCGAGCCCGAGUCGGGCCGGGACAGCGACGGGCCCAUGUACGCGCAUGGGCUCGACGGCGUCGCCAUGCAUCGGUAUUCGACGGGGGAGAUCCGCUACUUUUACGCGGGGCCCGACUCGUUGGCGCAGGAGCCCAUUUUUAUCCCCCGGAGCGAGGACGCGGCCGAGGGCGAUGGCUGGGUCAUGACGCUGGUUGAACGCAAGGCCGCGAACCGCAACGAUAUUGUCAUACUCGAUACGCGCGACUUUGAGCACCCCAUCGCCGUCGUGCAGCUGCCCCUGCACAUCAAGUCGCAGAUCCACGGCAACUGGGUCGACUACUCGCAGCUGAAAGAGGGCAAGCUGUUGGUGCGCAACGCCGUGGUGCAAAAGAUUAGCGGCCAGGGCGCGCUGGAGCCGCUGUAAAAACGCAAAAGCUGAGAGGUUCUACGAAAUAAACUGUGAACAACGACACGAUUCCUUGCUUAUUAACCCCCCCACCCAUAAUGUCCAUGCCACACAAGUGCAAGCAGACGCAAUUUCCGU